UUCCAUAUGUUUCGUAAGCACAAGCCUCUUGGCGCAAGACCUUUGGGGCAGAGGGUGAUGCCCUGCAGCCAGGUUCUUGAACUGAAUAUCUGCCUGAGGCAAAUGCCAUUUUUAUUCCCCACCCAAGUCGCCACUGGCAUUCAAGAUAGGCCAGAUGUUUCUUGCAUAAUAACCACGGGAAUACUGGGUAGGGACAACAACCGAGAUAGAAAGGGUUGAGAUCACAGGGGCAGUGCCAGGCAAGCACAAACACCCCGUUAUCUUGGGGUGCCAGAGAGUGUUGAGGUGCCCACACACUCUGCUGUCUCUGCUGAUAAUGGAAGCAGGCACGUAAGCCGUGCCCCCUUGGCUGUGUUUUGCUGUGCUGUAAGGGACUGCCACAAUCUCCAGAAGAACAGCCACUGCUUGCAGGGAUGGGCUUCUUCACACUGAUCUUCCUCACCUCCUUCUGCUUCCUUGGAAAAGCCGCCGGGAAGCUGCAAGUGCAGGCCGAGCCCUCUCUGGUGAAAGCUGCGGUUGGAGAUGAUGUCUUGCUGAAUUGCAUCUUUACCGUGGAUGAGCCUACCGUGGACCUCAGCCGACUCACAAUCCUCUGGUUCCACCGGGGCAGGCAGCUGGCGGAAUUUGACGAUGUGGUGACCACCUCCAGGGAAGGUGUCAGCCUGAGCCGGGAAGAGCUGGGGAAUGGCAACGCGUCCUUGCUCAUCUCCCGGGUUGGCACUGGAAACUCUGGCAACUACAGAUGCUACGUCACAUACACGCCGGAAGUGCGCAUCCGGGAAGUGACUUUGCAAGUUGCAGACCCUGAGGAACAGCUGGAAGAUUCCCUUUCAUCCCCAUGUCUCAGCCGUCCAGAUAUCCUGAGCAAGCUGGGUCAAAUUGUGGAAGCUGUGAAGCAACUUGAGGCCAAGCUCCAGGAGCUCGUGAGCAGCAAGAGUGCCACAAGAUGCAGUCCUGAAGCUGCCCCCCUGCCAUAGCUGCCAAGUUUUCCCUUUUCUCGCAAGGAAGCCUAUUCAGCAUAAGGGAAAAUCCCUUUAAAAAAGGGAUAACUUGGCAGCUAUGCCCCCUGCCCCCGCCAGAGCCCUCACGCUGAUCACAUUUCUGCACUGCUGCAAAUCAAAAUAGGCUUGAAACCCAUUUAGCUUAAACUUACCGUAUUAUCCAAGUAAAUGUGGAAACUGUAGCUCUGUGAUAGGGCUUAGAGUCUCUUGACAAAUCAUCUUAAUUCCCAGGAUUCCCUGGGGGGAUGUUAUAACCAUUAAACCAGCUUCAGAAUUAA